UGAACGGCUGUACAAUAUUUAUACUUUAAAUUGUAGUUUGUGGUUUGAACUUCGAACUUGCUUCCUGCUUGCACGCUACAUGUUUUCAAAUGUUGGGCCGCUUCCAAUAGCUAAAUUCCAAUUGAAUUUUUAUUUUCUUUAGCCUGCUAUAUAUCCUUCCUUUCAGCCAUGGUAGUAUAGGUCUGUCUUCAUUUGGCUCGUGCUGAAGUAUCUAUAAGUACAAGACGCAAUAGUCCCGCCGUCGCAUUUAUCAACAAGAAAGAACAGUAUGGGAUUAAGUGAAGGAUCAACUGUAAGCUGGAGCUGGGGCAACGGCACAGGAACGGGAACUAUCAAAGAGGUUCACACAGAGAAAGUGACCAAGACGAUCAAGGGUAGUGAAAUCACCCGAAACGGAAGCGAAGACGACCCGGCUUACUUCAUCGAACAGGAUGAUGGUAGUGAGGUAUUAAAGGGGCACUCUGAGGUAGAGGAGGCAUAGAUAUGUAGUAUAUGAGCCUCAUUUUGAAUACCGAGUGCAACACUCAGGUAUAUCCGGCUAUCAGCACGUCCCAUAUAAUGCGAUAGGGAUAAUGUUACUGGUGCCUGUUUUUUGAUUAGACCUGAGAAGCCUCGAAAAGGUGGCCUUAGUAGUUACAUAGGCGAAAUGAGGCUAAUCGGACCUAAGUAAGUGGAAGAGAAUACACAAUAUACUGAUAGUAGCCUUCACAGAUUAAAGUAUAUUAGCAUACUACAUGCAACCGGGAAGACAGGA